AUGGCCAUUGCCACAUGGUCAUUAUCAGUUGGAUUGGUUACCCUCCACAAGCUCAGCACCCUCACCAGGACAGCUCCUCAGUAUACAUCCUCUCGAGUGACAAGUCACAGCACAGAGCAUUUUUACAGUUUGGCCAUCUCCACACUGGCGAUUAACCCCAGUCAAAUCAAAGUUUUCCCAGAAACUGGUCGAGGUUCAGGCGUCUUUCUGGCAUCACUCCAACCUGUGCAAAAUAAAAGUCCUCCUUAUGCCUUUAACGCGUCUCAAGCCAGAGAGGUGUGUCUGAUGCUCAAUGCCAUUAUAGCUUCAAGAGCUCAGGUGGAAGAAGCACACAGAAAUGGCCUGGAGACGUGCAGGUUUGGAUGGGUUGAUGAGCAAAUUGCGGUUAUCCCGCGAAUCACUCCCAGCAAGCUGUGUGGCCAAAAUCAAGUGGGGGUCAUCGUAUGGCGAUCAGUUCCCACUCGAUCUUUUGAUGCGUUUUGUUUCAACUCAUCAGAUAUAAAGACAGAAGUACCUGUUAGCACAACAAAGAUCCACACAACCGCUAAACCUACGUCCUCAGCAUCUUCAUCACCUACGCCUGCUCCUACUUAUCCUCCAUCUUCCCCCCUCCUCCAAACCACCCAAUCAGCUCCAUCUUCCCCCCUCCCCCAAACCACCCAAUCAGCUCCAUCUUCCCCCCUCCCCCAAACCACCCAAUCAGCUCCAUCUUCUUCCCUCCCCCAAACCACCCAAUCAGCUCUAUCUUCCCCUCCAACCUUGACUUUCUCUUCCACUCUGUCUCCUCCUCUCUCCACUCCUAGCUCUCCUACUCCUGCUUCAUCAACCUAUCUUUCUUCUUCCACCUCUUACCUUCUCCCUCUGAGCACUUCACCUGUUAGCCCCGUUUCUGUUCCACCAUCCCCCGCCAACACUGAGCCCCUGCGGCCGGAGCCCAAGGAUAUAAGCAGCUCAGGGUCACCACUGGGGGAUACAGUCACCUCCCACCACUCUGGUGUUACCGUAGUGGUACCAACUGUACUCAUUGCCAUUCUGUUUCUGUUGGCCACAGUCAUGGCACUCUGGUAUUACAAAAUCAGGAACAAAAGCAGAAUGCUCCCGUUCUGGAGAAGAGGCCGACAGAAAGACGAGUUUGAGACGGAGGUGUGGGAGAACCUCUGUCACGAGGAGGUGAAAGAGCCGCACACACAGAUGGAGCUGGGUGGCUUCAGGAACGACUGCAAAGAAAGUAGCCCGGAGGAGGACUCUCAGACUCACUUUGACUCACCCUAAGGCUGGCUUUCCACAGGACACAAAGUGAACACGCAGCGAAGGCGAAUUUAGGUGGCAUCUGCUUACACUUCCAUGUGAGCUAAUGCUGCGUUCUCCACCAGCAGCAGAACUGCACAGAGGGAGGCAUCCCAGCAGCAGAACAAAUGAUGCAGAGCAGGACACAAGUUUUCAUGCACACUUUAGGCAGAAAAGCCCCAGAGUGCAUUUAUAGAGCACGUGGUGUAUUCAUUGUGCUUUUGUUCAGUUCUACUUGUUUCAGACUCAUCUAUUGAAUGUGUUUUAAGCAGGGAUUCUCAUGUGAUAAAAAAAAUACAAGUCAUUUUCCAUAUUCCAAGCUCCCUUCUCCACCUGAAGUAAAUAAAUUGAUUAAAAGGAGGAUACGUAUAUGCAGAGAUCACACUUUGUUUAUUUUUGAUGCUAAACCAAAAAUGAUUUUAUCUAAAUGAAUGAAUAUCUAAAUUAUUUAAUAAUGAUGUGAUCCAAGAUUUCUUAAACUGUCUGUUUUAUCAUCAAGAGAUAGUCUGGCCUUGAGUGAUUGACUGCAGUGAUUAAAUGAAGGGCAUUGCAGAAGUACUCCCCUCUUCUCUGCUGCUGAUGAUCUGGCUCUCGCAAACUUGCCAUUAAAAAUCAUCCCCAGAUUUAAUUGGCUAAAUAAAUGUUCUCUCCCUCUCCA